AUGGGGCAUCUGAAGGUUCCAUCUCAUCCUGAAGUAUUUCGUCAAAAUAUGCGUGUUAUGGUAUUUAUGUUAUAUGUUUUUGGUAAUUUAUCGUGGGGAUCGUGUCUUGCUUAUUGUUCAUCAAGAGUUUUAGUUUUGCGGCUAAUAGGGGAUCCACCAAUGUUGGAAGGGAUAACUGAAACAGGAAAGUGUACUCCUUGGGAUGUUUAA